UAUUGAUCUGACCGAAGUUGAUCAACAGCCCGACGUCGAGGGUAUGUGAUGUUUUGUACAGAUCUUAAACCGACAAUGACCUACAGAAUAAACCGUAAGAGGUGCUUGUUGUAAAUAGAUAAAGGAAAGCAAUUAAGGAAUGUUUUCUCGCAUCAAUUCAAGGACUGUGUUUCACAGGCUAAGCAUCGAAUGAAGAGGUUUCUAUAUCGUCACUUAAACCUUUGCUCGUCUUUAAGGCGGAAAAACUUAACGAAGCUAGCUUCACAAAGAUGCUUGCUUGCUUGAGAAAAAUCCCUUCAAAGAGUGUGAUACGAACAGGCCCUCGCCGAGGAUCAUGGCUGCUACCACGAUUUCUCUCACACGCCGAAAGCAAAGCGGCUCUGAAACCAUUCUACUUCGCGGUCCAUCCGGAUCUGUUUGGUCAGUUCCCUGCUGAAAGGGCGACAAACGAAGAUUCUCUCAAGAGGCUCAACUCCUACAUCGAUAACAUCGAGAACAAAUAUCCUGUAAAUCCCACACAUCUGACGUUCUACCUCAAGGACUGCGUCAAACAACUUGAACAACAGCAGAUACGACGGAACCAAGAUCCCAAAUUCAAGACAGUUCGAAUUUCUCUCUUUUCGCGAGAUCUCAGUUUCACAGUCCAACAAAUCCUCAAGUCAUGUGGGAUGCACGAAGACGUUGUGAACGUACAGAACAAGAGCUCAGAUCGUCAUGACGUAUCGACCCCUGGAUUCGGCGGACCAGCAGACUGGCUCCAAACCUAUCGCAUGUACGGUGAUAAAAGGAACAUCCAUGAAAGUCAAUUCCAAAAGAAACCCAAAAUAACGCUGACGAGCUUUAUAUACGAACAAAUCAAAGACGCGAAGGAAAAACUUGACUCGAGUGAAAAAGCUUAUGAAGAAACGAUGAGAAUUUCGCAGCAAAUUUCCGCAGAGUUGGAGUUGAGGGACCUUUCGUUAGACUGUGGCUGGACCUGUGCGUCAUGUCAAGGUGCUCUGAAGAAUCUGUUGUAUCUGUGUAAGGAAAAGAUGUCUGAUCUAUACACUCUGCGGGGGAGGUCUGUGGUGUUGACGAGGUGGACCGGGGUUGACCCUCAUGGUAACAUCAUGUUGAAUGUUGAAGACGUGCCACAGUAUUGGUUGGCUCUGUUCGGAACACUAGAAGACUACGAUGUCCUUCUUCAUCAAGUACCGUUAUGGGAGAAACGAUUGUCUGAACCACUCGGUAACAUUUCGAUAGUGUACGACAAAACCAGCCCCUCACUAGGGGUCCCAGAGUAUCUGAAUCACUUACACAGACUUGUAAUGGGUCUGAGACGGUUCAGGUUCGGUAGGAUAGGAUAUCCUCUUAAACCUGCGACAUUUAAAGGCAUCGAGUGUAAUAUUUUAAGUCCUAAUGGCCCUAUGAGUCUAUCAGAUAAUGGACAGUUCAGAGUACCAGCGUCCACACCAGCUGAACUUCUUGUCGACUUUCUACUUCAAAACAAACAGAAAUCUCUCAACUUGCAAGAAAAAUUGAACAAAAAUAUUGCUGAAGAACAAGAAGUCAUCAGUACUUGCAAGCAGACACUAGGGUUGAAAUCACUAAGAAAGGAUGAGUCAGUAUCCUUCCAGCAAAUGAUGACCUGCUGUCAGGCAUUGAUCCAGCAGCCACUAGAUGAAUUGUUUGGUACACGGGUGAUAGUGUCGAAAUACUAUCAAGUAUCAGAUGACGGGCAGAUUACUAUACCAUGGGACUGGCAAUGAACAUCUCUGUUGCUCGUAUUACCACGCGCGCAACAUGUUGGCAUUGUUGUGCGAUGUAGAAACUCUUUCUACUCUUUGCGACUCCCCUUUUGACAGAGCCUCUUGGUUCUCUACCUAUCUAUUUGUGUAAAUGUCUGUAAAUAAUUCGAUUUCAUAAUUUAAAGUUUCCAAAUAACGCAAGACAUUGUUGGCGUUAUCUUUGUCAAGUCGAUAAACACAGAAUGUUACUUCAAAAUUAAAAGGCCCUGCACAGCCUUUUGUCUAAAAACUAAUAUAUUCACUCAGGUAUCGGAAAAAUAAGAGAAAAUAUUUUGUUACUGAAUGAUUGUGAAAUUAUCAAAAUAAAAUGAAAUAUUUCAUUGCA